AUGGGAAUCCUCAAAUAUAUCGAAUACGGGCUAGCCCAACUGCUCUACAACCAAAAAGGCCGCGACAGCAAGCUCUUCACAAAAGGCGACCUAUUCAAAGACAUCCCCCAAAACAUCAAAGUCCAAAGCCCCGAACUCGGCCCUUCAGGCUCAUACAUGAAGACCGAACAUACACAAUUCGGCGCAUCCAAAUUCCCUCAACUGACCUGGUCCACCACCGCCAGCAAUGUCAAAGAGUACAUGCUGAUCUGCGAGGACCCCGACGCGCCACUGCCCUUCGACAUCGAAAUUGACGGAUCGAAACCACUUCCGGACGGCGGGAAGUGGUUGAGUGGCGGGUUUCGUCUGGGCAAGAAUUUGCGAGGCACGAUAUAUUCGGGAUCAAGACCGGCCGCGGGUCAUGGCGAGCAUCGGUACUUUUACCAGGUGGUCACGUUGAAGGAGGAGGUCAAUGUGGAUAAAAAUGAAGCCUCUCGCCACGAGGGCCGAGUUGCUGGAGGAGAUGAAAGGGAAAAUUGCCGACCGGGGGGCUCGGAUUGGGAAAUUUGA